GUCAAACACGGAGUCGCAGAAGCGUUUGAUUGUCAACUGGUCGGUGUCACCAUGGAGGGUCUCGUGGUUUUGCGUCGUGUUGCCUACUCUGUGUUUUUAUUCGCUCUUUCGCUGCACCUGGCCAGUGCCUUGGCCCUCUACAACAACCUUCGACCUUGUCCGGUUUUGAGACCGGCUAAGAUCGUCGACUUGGAUGAGUUGCUGGGCAAAUGGCACUUGGCGUACCUGAUCCUGGAUGCUGCAAGCGAGGAGUAUGUAGAGAACUCGUUGUGCGUUCGGGGUGAAUUGCAGCGGCUCAAUGAGACAAGCUUGCGGCAGGUCUGGAACGUGGACAUGCCAGGGAUGAUGGGUGAACACAGCGCCGUGCUCGACCUACCCACGCGCAUAGUCAAGCCUGCAGUUUGGACGGUCCUCACCCCACUUGGAGGUGAGGUCAAGGCAACUGUUGUGGACACGGACCCCAAAUCAUACAUGGUCGUCAGUCACUGCGGUAUGCAUCACGGAACACUGGUGCAUCUCUGGACUGGCAUUGUAACGCGUGCAAAAAAGCUCGGGCCAAUGGAGCAACUGCAACUAACCUCACUCCUCAUUCAGCAUGGUUUCAAUCCUACAGUCAACAAAAUCAUAACGUGGAAUGACUGCUGAUCGCAAUAAAUACACAUACUUAUUGCAAAGA